CUUUUCUCCGAAUCAAGACGCAUUUGGGCUUAUAGAAUCUUUGCGCCACCGGGAAUAUGCCCAAAGCUCCCGCUCGGAAGAUGCUGUAGAAUCAGCAUCAUUUUUCUCAGCGUACAAAUAUAUAGAGCUAUUCCUCGGCGUCUGCGCAGAACCAAGCCAACCGGGGAGGAUCAUCGUCCUCCCAAUCUUUUAAACAUUUCAGAAAAAUCUGAUUCAAGUGCUAACACUUGGUCCGCUGACUACUGGACAUUCUUUAUCGCUGUCAAACUGCUGGGAUUACUCGGAUAAAUAAAUGAUGGGCUCUGGGAGUAAGUCAAGCCCAUCUAGUGUCCUAGAGGGGCUUCAUGGAGUGAAGAUUGUGCACAAAUUUCCAUGCAAUAAGGAGAAAACACUUCAUGCCAGUGACUUUGAUCUUUCAACUGCAGAGGCUUCUGAGAUCGGUGGAAACCUAAGUUUGCCACUUCAACGAAUCUGGCAACAGCGGCCACCAUGUCUAAGGCCUGUACGCUGUAAUCUUCGCGGUGAUCAGAGUAUUAUGGAAACCAUAGCUAAUGUUCUAACGUCACUCCCAUUUAUUUUUCUAGGAUUUCAAGCACCAAGGAAAAAUAUGAGCUCUGCUCUGUAUGCUAACUCAUUAAUUGGAGUUGGAGUAGCCUCAACUCUUUACCAUUGUUCAAGAGGAGAAGUUAGAAAAUAUUUCAGAUGGGCAGACUACACAGCAAUAGCUGCAACAACAGUUUGUCUUUCUAGAGCACUCAGGGAAGAAAAUCCGAAAUUACUUAUGGCAGCAUCAGUAUUGCUCUUGCCAUUUCAACCGUUUAUGGUUUCAGCUGUUCACACCGGCAUGAUGGAGGUAGCAUUUGUUAAACGAGCUUCAACAAAUCCAGGUUUGAGGACGGCGCAUAGCAUGCACACAAUGUCAUCGAUUUUAGGGGGUCUGCUUUUUGUUGCUGAUGAUUACUUUCCCGAAACUCCAUACAUCCAUGCCGCUUGGCACCUUGCUGCUGCACUUGGUGUUCAUACAUGUAACAGCCUUCUUAACUGAUGUUCUACAUUUCCAUUUGAUGUAGUUGAUCUCUUGCAUGAUGCGCAUCGCAUUGAUGCUGACUUAAUCGCCAAACCAAUUGUAACUCAAAGAUUUGACCUUGAAGAAAUUAAGCAUAAUUUCUUAAGAUUUCGUGGCAAUCCUGGUUAGAGUUUGUAGUUUGAAUGUAACUCUAAAGCUAGAAUAUUGUUGUAAAAUGGCACAAAGGUCAACUAUUUAUUGA